UCUGUAGUGCGACAAACGUUGGGAUCAGCUGCUGCACCGCGAAAUAUUGGAGUUUUGGCUACCAGCAACAGCAUGGAGUACGCAACAAACCUUUCGGACACGCAUCUGGAGGUGGCCCCGUUGACGCUGGCAAACAUGUCAACGAGUGGAUCACCGACGAUCGCUUUCAACUACCUCGAACGAACGUGGAACAGCCUGCUUGAUGUGAUAGGUGAUGAUCCCGAUGUGCUGUACGUAUGGUUUCUUACCGCCUACGUAUACGGUCUGUUCUGGAUCGUGGGCCUGGCGUUCGUCACGAUGGACCUAACCGGGCGGCCACAGUGCCUGCGGAGGUACAAAAUACAGCCGGGCAAGAAUGAGCCUCUGCCGUGGAAUCGGUUCAAGCAGCUCGUCCUGACCGUGCUGCGCAAUCAGCUCCUGUACGGCAUACCGACCAGCUACUUAGUGUUUCACAGUCGCAAACUGUGGAUGGCCGACGAUAUACCCCCGGUGCGGAUACUUCCUCCGCUCUGCACCAUCGCACAGGAUCUGCUCGUGUGUAUCCUGUGCUGGGAGAUCGGUUACUACUACACGCACCGGUUGCUGCACAGCCGGCUGCUGUACCGGCACUUCCACAAGCAGCACCACGAGUGGGGUGCACCGGUUGCGCUGGCCGCGAUGUACUCCCAUCCGAUGGAGUUUGUCCUGAGCGACCUGCUGCCCGUGUAUGCCGGGCCGGCAAUAAUGCGCAGUCACGUCUUCACGAUCCUGAUUUGGUUCACGUACGUAACGAUCGACACCCUGGCCGACCAUUCCGACUACCAUCUGCCGUUUCUGGCCAGCUCCGAGUUUCAUGACUACCAUCAUCUGAACUUUAACCAGUGUUACGGCAACUUUGGACUGUGGGACAUCGUGCACGGUACGGCGGACGAGUUUCUGAAGAAAAAACAAUACCGACGACACCGUCGGCUGUUCACCCUACGGUCGGCCCGGGAAUGGAUUCCGGAUAAGGAGACGUAGCAUGUAGCUUAGCUUGUCCACCAUGCCAAAUUUAAACGAGUUUUUUUUAGUAAUAAAAAACUUAAUUAUGUGUUAUAAAAACAGAACAAACGAUACACGCUGUGUAAGCUUGCUUAUGCGCCUUAACUUAUUCCAUCUAUUCACACAUAUUUCAAGAUCAUCCAGAAGGCAUUCACGCCUCAUAUAAAUGUCCUUACCGGAAUGUCAACAAACAAAGAAAUCAAAGUAUGAUGGCCAAAAAAGGUGUGAUAAACGGAGAUCGAAUGCCAUUCGUAGUGUGUUAAUUUCACACAUUUUUUUAGUUUACUUUUAACAGGUAAAUACUUACCCACUCCUGAAACAAAUAGACAGUUUUGUCGUUGUCAAUUACAUUUAAGUCAUUGCAGAAACUGUGUUGUAAUAAAAAGGCGAAUUUCGUUGUGUAAUAGCAUGCCCGAAUACUACGCCAGCCAUCGAUGGAUUAAUGAGUGUGCCAAAAGUGCUUAGCAUCAUCAACGGUAGGCGCCCCAAGCAAUAGCCGAUGAUCAGCUGAGCGACUACCAAUUAGCUAUGCUGUAUGCUACAAGCUAAACGAUGACUAAAAAAACCCAUCCCACAUUGGGCACGUUGUUCAGCUCAGUUGGGAUGCUGGUUUAGAGUGCGACUUAGGUACAAAGUGCUUGCUUUACAUCUUGCUUAACCGUCACUGAAACUGAGUUGUAGUUUUAUCGAGUGUUUUGUAUGUAACAAAUCUUUCUCUUCCAUGAUGCAUCACAAAACGAUUUGAAAUGGCUACCAGCUUCGUUGGCGUUUGUGGCUGUAGCAAUUUGUUUACCUUGACACUCCAUAAAUUAGUACCAAAAUGUUGUGCGUCUGUACAGUUCGCUCUUGGGUACAUAAUUACCCGCCAAAGUUUAACAUACUUCGAACUGUUGCUUUCAACCUUAAUUGCAGACCUACAGCGAAUGGGAAAGUGACCUUCGAGCAUGGAAUGCAUGGAGCAAGGAGGAGGUAAAUGCUGCAUCAUAAUGUAAACUUUUGUGAUUGCUU